GCAAUCAAUUCCCUUCUUCCUUCUCUGUUAGCGUGUUUCUCAGCGUGUUUCUCCUCUGUAGUGUUCAUUCCAACUCCAUUCAUUUUCUGCUAUUCAGCCGCUGGGCAUGGUGGCGAUAGAUGGAUUUGAGGGAGGGUUUGGUUUGUGUUUUUUUGCGUGAUCUUUCUGUGAUGCUAAACAAAAUUUAACUGACGGCGGGUUUGGUUUAUGUGUUUGGGCAUGAUCUUUCCGCGACCUACUCGUUCUUGAGUGAGAUGGUGAUUUGUUUGGAGUUUAUAGGGUUUGGGAUAUCUCCUAUCGAUAUGAAACAUGGGUUGGUUAGCCGAACAGUUGAAGAAAUUUCGCAAUCAACAAUGGGGCUUAUGCACAUACGUUGGUUUUGAAAUGUGGCAUCUUGGGUUGAUGACAGGACUUGUAGUAUUAAUUUCAUCAAGCCGCUAUUUGCUAUUGAAGAUUUGGCCAGAAUUUGCUGAGUCCAGUGAAGCAGCCAAUAGACAGGAAAUUCUUCGCUGGCCAUGAAAUCUGGACAUGAAACAUGGGUUGGUUAGCCGAACAGUUGAAGAAAUUUCGCAAUCAACAAUGGGGCUUAUGCACAUACGAUUGACCCGGUAUUCGCUGAAGCAUAUAUUGAAUCUCAGGCCACUUCGGGUUAGCAGUAAAUGUCAGGAAGAUAUCAGGAUUUCCAAAAGUUCGGCAAAUGGCCAUGGCGUCUUGAUAGUUUUGAACCAUAUAUCGUGGUCCACCUGUAAAAGAAGAGGGCAAAACAGUUCUCUUACCUGUUGCUGCAGCUACUGUAUCUCCACGGACAACUGCAUCACAUACAUUUUUGUAUAGAUCUGUCCGCAACACUGUUUGAUGUUGUCUAUACCAGCGCAGUCGCUCUUCUUCUAUGGCCGUGUAUGCAUCAACAACAUAUUGUUGGAAUAAUCGACCACCACAAAUGAGAGUAUUUGCUUCACAACUUCUUUGUUGUAUUCGACCUUUUCUCUUAUGCUCUACAACUAUAUCUCUCCGUCCAUUGGAUUGACCAAAAUCUCCGACAAUGAGAGCAGCAAUUUCUGACGUGGCGGGCAUUGUAUAUUGUCGUGAACUGUCCGAUCUUGUACCAAUUAACUUUAUGUGAACUUCUUUGUUGUCUGGUGCAGAUAAUCUAUCUCUUGCCAUUCUGAAUAUUCUAGCAACCCGGUUAUACAUGUCGAGCAUGUCCUUUAUGCCUUGGACAAUGGUUGCAUCAAGAUCUUUUGCACUAUCCCCACUAUUCAAAGAAGGCUUCAAAGAAGACAAUCGAUUGUGGAUCUCAUUUUCUGUAUCAUGAACAUAAAGCUGAGCGAAUUUAGGCGGCUGUCCAUGGAAAGAUGGCAUUUGUUUAUUGCGUUUCAGUGCAAGUAGUCGCUUCCUCUUGAGCCUGAUGAUGAAAACAAACUGGGAGUCAAAAUACUCAAGAAGAUGCACAGGACCUCAUGUCAAAAAUUCGCAAAAGUAUGAGCAUCUGUUCACCAUUAGUUGCACUGUUGUAGCCCUACAUGCAAGUCUGCAGUUUGAAAUUCAGAACCUCGAUCGCAAAAGCUCUUCGUCACUGGCUGAACCACCCAGACGGUUUCGAAUUGAUCAGGGACCAUUGAAACGUUCUCUAUUGGAUUUUACAAAUUUAUCCAUCUCUGAUGACAGUGGUUUUGCAGGGCUAAGUGGCAAUGUAGGUUUGGAAAUUAAUGAGAGGCCAUUGAAGCGUUCUCUCUUGGAUUUUGGAAAUUUAUCAAUCUCGGAUUCUUCUCAAAAUGUUGGGGCUGACUCAGAAGCAAACAUGACCGAGAGCUCUUUGACUGCUCCUCCACUCAAGCAUGUGUUCGUCAGGGUCAAACGAAAACCUUUUCAAUCUCCACUUGACGCUUUCCGUAAUCCUCCCUUCUUCUUCUUGUUUUCAUCACUCCUAUCACAUAUUGUUGGUGUCAAGAAUGGAAUUACUUGUUAUGUAAUCAAUGCUGUGAAGUGUAACUGCAAUUAGUUAAUUUUUUGGUAUCUUAGUACUUGGUCAUUUUAAUUUCUAAACCUACCCCUUUUUUGCAGCCUUUUGCUAUUUAUUUAUAAAUUAAUGUAAGGUUUUCUUAAAUGACAUUUUUUUCUCAAAAUGUUCUUUCACAGUUUCAUUAUUUUUAUGUUUGGCUACUUGUCAUUUUUAUGUUUGCAAAAAUGUGUUUAUUAAUUUUGGAUUUAAUUCAUAUAAACAGCCCUUGUAAAGAUUUUCUACGCUGUCAAUCAAUCAUAGCUGUCAGAUUAUACAAAAACGUCCGACUUUGAUCAUAACUACCGGUUGUGAUUUGUUGACAGUGUAUCAAAUUAAACUAAUUAUUUUCUAGCAGCGAAAACAUUUCAUGCUUUAGUUGUUUUGUAUGAUGUGGAAAAAUCUAACAACAUGUU